UCUUAGUUCAGUCACUCGGUGCGCGAUGUGUUACUCACUGUGCGGCGGGGACCGCGACGAGCCCGGGUCGCCGUUGGCAGCAGCGGCAGCGGCAGCGGCAGCAGCCCCGGGGGCGGCGCGGACCCCGAGUGCCUGGGCGCACCCCGGCACCCCGGAGCGCGGCGCAGCGGCGGGACCCGUGCGGCUGCGCGCGCCUUAGGCUCGGCCCCGCGGCUCGGCGCGGGGACCCCGACUCUCGGCCCAGCCCGCGAGUCCCCCAGGCGCCGCCCGAGAGAGCUCGCCCGGGAGGCAGCGGCCGCGGGCAGCCGGGCCGGGGGGCGGCCACCGCCCGCGCCGGGCAUCCUCCGGGGCCCGGGAGCGCGGAGGGCGCUGCGCCACCGCUCGGGGCCGGCCCCCGCGGGCCUCCCCCAGCCUUCCCCACCUCUGGGCCCGAGGGACGCGGGCUCCGGCGGACGAACGCGGGGGGCAGGGAGCCGCCCCCGCCCCCCCACGCGCGCCCCCAGCUCCUCCGCGCCCGGCCGGGCGGCGCGGCCUGAAACGCCGGCGAUGGCGAGCCCGCCGCUGCACGGGGCCCCCGGGCCGGCGGGCGGCGACGGCCCCAACCUCAACAACAACAACAACAACAACCACAGCGUGCGCAAGUGCGGCUACCUGCGCAAGCAGAAGCACGGCCACAAGCGCUUCUUCGUGCUGCGCGGGCCCGGCGACGAGGCGGCGGCGGCGGCGGGCGGGGGGCCGGCGCCGCAGCCGCCGCGGCUCGAGUACUACGAGAGCGAGAAGAAGUGGCGGAGCAAGGCGGGCGCCCCGAAGCGGGUCAUCGCGCUCGACUGCUGCCUGAACAUCAACAAGCGCGCCGACGCCAAGCACAAGUACCUGAUCGCGCUCUACACCAAGGACGAGUACUUCGCGGUGGCGGCCGAGAACGAGCAGGAGCAGGAGGGCUGGUACCGCGCGCUCACCGACCUGGUCAGCGAGGGCCGCGCCGGCGACGCGCCCCCGGCCGCCGCCACCGCCGCGUCCUGCAGCGCCUCCCUGCCCGGCGCCCUGGGCGGCUCGGCCGGCGCCGCCGCGGCCGAUGACAGCUACGGGCUGGUGGCGCCCGCCACGGCCGCCUACCGCGAGGUGUGGCAGGUGAACCUGAAGCCCAAGGGCCUGGGCCAGAGCAAGAACCUGACGGGCGUGUACCGCCUGUGCCUGUCGGCGCGCACCAUCGGCUUCGUGAAGCUCAACUGCGAGCAGCCGUCGGUGACGCUGCAGCUCAUGAACAUCCGGCGCUGCGGCCACUCGGACAGCUUCUUCUUCAUCGAGGUGGGCCGCUCGGCCGUCACGGGCCCGGGCGAGCUGUGGAUGCAGGCGGACGACUCGGUGGUGGCGCAGAACAUCCACGAGACCAUCCUGGAGGCCAUGAAGGCCCUCAAGGAGCUCUUCGAGUUCCGGCCGCGCAGUAAGAGCCAGUCGUCGGGCUCGUCCUCCACGCACCCCAUCAGCGUCCCCGGCGCGCGCCGCCACCACCACCUGGUCAACCUGCCCCCGAGCCAGACGGGCCUGGUGCGCCGCUCGCGCACGGACAGCCUGGCCGCCACCCCGCCGGCCGCCAAGUGCAGCUCGUGCCGGGUGCGCACGGCCAGCGAGGGCGACGGGGGCGCGGCGGCGGGCGCGGGGGCGGCGGGCGGCAGGCCGGUGUCGGUGGCCGGGAGUCCCCUGAGCCCCGGGCCGGUGCGCGCGCCCCUGAGCCGCUCGCACACCCUGAGCGGCGGCUGCGGGGCCCGCGCGAGCAAGGCGGCGCCGGCGACGGCAGGGGGCGCCCUGCAGCACAGCCGGUCCAUGUCCAUGCCCGUGGCGCGCUCGCCCCCGGCCGCCACCAGCCCCGGCAGCCUGUCGUCCAGCAGCGGGCACGGCUCGGGCUCCUACCCGCCGCCCCCCGGCGCGCACCCGCACCUGCCGCACCCCCUGCACCAGCCUGCCGGCCAGCGGCCCUCCAGCGGCAGCGCCUCGGCCUCGGGCUCCCCCAGCGACCCCGGCUUCAUGUCCCUGGAUGAGUACGGCUCCAGCCCCGGCGACCUGAGAGCCUUCGGCGGCCACAGGAGCAACACGCCCGAGUCCAUCGCCGAGACUCCCCCGGCCCGGGACGGCGGCGGGGGCGAGCUGUACGGGUACAUGACUAUGGACCGGCCCCUGAGCCACUGCGGCCGCCCCUACCGCAGAGUGUCGGGGGACGCGGGCCAGGACCUGGACCGAGGGCUGAGGAAGAGGACUUACUCCCUGACCACGCCUGCCCGGCAGCGGCCGGUGCCGCAGCCCUCCUCCGCGUCCCUGGAUGAGUACACCCUGAUGCGGGCCACCUUCUCUGGCAGCUCCGGCCGCCUCUGCCCGACCUGCCCCGCGUCGUCUCCCAAAGUGGCCUACCACCCCUAUCCCGAGGACUACGGAGACAUCGAGAUCGGGUCCCACAGGAGCUCCAGCAGUAACCUGGGUGCCGACGAUGGCUACAUGCCCAUGACCCCUGGCGUGGCCCUUCUGGGUGGGGGUAGUGGCAGCUGUAAGAGUGAUGACUACAUGCCCAUGAGCCCCACUAGCGUGUCCGCCCCGAAGCAGAUCCUGCAGCCUCGCGCGGCUGUUGCCGCAGCCCUGCCCCCCACGGGAACCGCGGUGCCCGCGCCCACCCCUACGGUGAGCAGGGCUUUUCCGGUGAGCGGGGGCAGCUACAAGACGAGCUCCCCAGCCGAGAGCUCCCCCGACGACAGUGGGUACAUGCGUAUGUGGUGUGGCUCCAAGCUGUCCAUGGAGAACGCUGACACCAAGCUGCUCCCCAACGGGGACUACCUCAAUAUGUCCCCCAGCGACGCGGGUACCUCAGGGACCCCUCCCGACUUCUUCUCAGCCGCCUUGCAUGGCAGCGGGGAGAUGCUCAGGGGAGUCCCUGGCUACUGCUACAGCUCCCUGCCCCGCUCCUACAAGGCUCCCUACACGUGCAGCGGCGACAACGACCAGUACGUGCUCAUGAGCUCCCCCGUGGGGCGCAUCCUGGAAGAGGAGAGGCUCGAACCCCCGUCCAGCCCCCGGGCUGCGCCGGCCAGCAGCGCCUUUGUGGCGGGAGGUGGCCACAGCCAGCCUCCUCACCCAGUAGUGCCUUCGCCCAGCAGGCCGAGUGGCAGCAGCGGCGGCCGCCCAGAGGGCUUCCUGAACCAGCGUGCCCGGUUAGUGCGGCCCACACGCCUGUCCCUGGAGGGGCUGCAGACCUUGCCCAGCAUGCACGAGUACCCUCUGCCGCCGGAGCCCAAGAGCCCCGGCGAGUACAUCAACAUUGACUUUGGCGACGCUGGAGCUCGCCUGUCUCCGCCCGCGCCCCCGCUGCUGGCUUCCGCAGCCUCCUCGUCCUCACUGCUGUCCGCCAGCAGCCCGGCCUCCUCCCUGGGCUCCGGCACCCCGGGCACGAGCAGCGACAGCAGGCAGCGCUCCCCGCUCUCCGACUACAUGAACCUCGACUUCAGCUCGCCCAAGUCGCCCAAGCCGGGCACCCAGAGCGGGGACCCCGUGGGCUCCCUGGAUGCCCUGCUGUCCCCCGAGGCCCCGUCCCCUUACCCGCCGCUGCCCCCGCGCCCCGCUGCCCCCGCCUCCUCGCUGCAGCCGCAGCAUCCCCCACCGCCGCCCCCAGGGGAGCUGUAUCGCCUGCCCCAGGCGUCCGCCUGCCAGGGCCCCAGCGCUGCCUCCUCUUCGUCCUCGGAGACCGGGGACAACGGUGACUACACCGAGAUGGCCUUUGGUGUGGCUGCCACCCCGCCACAACCCAUCGCGGCCCCCCCGAAGCCGGAAGGUGCCCGUGUUACCAGCCCAACGUCCGGCUUGAAGAGGCUGAGUCUCAUGGAUCAGGUGUCAGGUGUCGAGGCCUUCCUGCAGGCUAGCCAGCCCCCAGACCCUCACCGGGGAGCCAAGGUCAUCCGCGCAGACCCACAGGGGGGCCGCCGGCGCCACAGUUCCGAGACCUUCUCCUCGACCACCACUGUGACCCCCGUGUCCCCGUCCUUCGCCCAUAACCCUAAGCGCCACAACUCGGCCUCCGUGGAAAACGUCUCUCUCAGGAAAAGCAGUGAAGGGGGCGGCAGCGGCGUCCUGGGUGGGGGUGACGAGCACCCCAUGUCCCCUCGCCAGCUGCAGCCACCGCCCCCCCAGCAGGCACGCCCAUGGGUCCCGAGUCAGCCGGGUGGCUUGGUGGGCGUUCCCGGGGGCAGCAGCUCUCCCAUGUGCAGGGAGACCUCUGCCGGCUUCCAGAAUGGCCUCAACUACAUCGCCAUCGACGUGAGGGACGAGCCUGGGCUGUCACCGACCCCACAGCAGCACCCGCAUCCGCAGCCCGGAGACAAGAGCUCCUGGGGCCGGACCCGCAGCCUCGGGGGUCUCAUCAGCACUGUGGGGGGCAGCGGCAGCAGUGGGGUUUGCGGGGGGCCGGGACCUGGCGCCCUCCCCACCGCCAACACCUAUGCCAGCAUUGACUUCUUGUCCCAUCACCUGAAGGAGGCCACCGUUGUGAAAGAGUGAGGAUCUGUCUGGCUUGAUCACUAUGACGUCACACAUCAGAGAAUGACAUCAAAGGAGGAUGCUCAGCGUGGGGUUUUUUUGUUCUGUUUUUAAAUCUGAAGCUGCUUACAAUUUUCUUUUGGAUCUGAGCAAUGACUAGGUUUGGGAACAUCUGCGACUCUAUUAGACUCUGAAUCCACAAGACGAGGACGCUUGCCCCUCCUGGCUCCCGCGGUGGGGGAGGGGGGCACCCAUCACUCUGCUGUUCGUGCUGUGUUUUGUUUGUUUGUUGACAAAAUUCACCGAAGAAGUUACUCUCAAGAAAAUUGGAUGUUCCCAUUGGCCUUCUAAAUCACGGCCAGUGUCUUAAUUUCUUCUUACUUUCAUUUUGGCAAAGCAAAUCGCUCCCUCGGCAUGCUGGGAGGUUCUACCGAUGCCCACGGAGGUGGUGAGCUCUGGCACUUGCUGGCACGCACUCAGACCUACCACAGUCCUACCUCAGUUCCAGGUGAAGCCGGAUUUGUGCGGCGGGGGGGCUGGCGGGACCUCUGCACGUUGCUGCUGAGCGCGGCUCGAAGACGGCCCUUCAGCCUUAUUAACUGGUCCCAGGACGCAUCUGCUCCGUGGGCUCCAAUCCAGGUCCCUGCGUGUUUACUCAGACAGAGCCCAGUGUGGGGCUGAUGUUUCUCGACGGAAAGGCAGUUUGGGAUUGGACUUCGAAGAUGGAUUGAUAAAUCACGAUAAUGAUGUGUAACUGAAGCAACCUACUUUUGAAAAAAUCAUCAACUAUAUUAGGGAGUUGGGGGGGGGUUGGGGCAGGGGUAAAUACCUGUUUUUCCCUUUAACAGACUUGUCGAAUCUUCUCUCUGUAGAUGUUUCUGUAGGUACUUCAGACUGCAAAAACCUUUGGUCCUGUUCACAAGCUCAGAUGUCUCUGCUGUCCUUAACCUUGAGCUUGCAUUUCUUUAACCAAAAAUUCACGCAGGCAUGCUAGCGAUCCCAGGGUGGUCACGGCUUUGGCAGAUUUAAAAGAAAAAAAAAAAAAAAGUGUGUUAUCUUUACUCGAUGCUGUUGUGGCAGCCAAUGAGGCUGUCCUGAGCAAGAGUUAAAAAAAAAAAACACACACACAAAAACUCAAAAAAAGACAAGGGAAGCAAAGAACUUGGUAGAAGAGCUGUUCUGGCCCCGGUGCUGUUAAGGGAAGAAGAAAAAGGAGGAGACAAAAACCUCACGGUACAUCGGACUUGUCGAGAAGUUCCCGACAAGACUACCCUCAUUACGUGUUUCCAGUGUUCGGAUUUCCGCAGGUGUCGCCCACAACUGCUGACCUUGACCAGCAGAAUGUCCUGUCACCGCGCUGCCCCCUUGACGCGUGGCGGAGGGCUGCCGAGCCCCCUCCCACGGGCACGUCCGCAGUGCCUGUGUGCUGGGGAUAGUCCUCAUUCAUUGGAGAUGGGAGCUUUUUUUUUUUUUUUUUUUUUUUUUGGGAGAAAAAAUAUAUAUAAAUAUAUAGAUAUAUAU